AUGGAACUAAGUGAUGAUAUGAUAAAAAAAUUUGAAGCUGCACUUAAAAGAUCUAACACACGAAAACCACCUCAAAUUUACACAGAGAAUGUUGAAAAAGUUUCAGUAAUGCCUUAUUCCCAACGACAUUAUUCAGCUAAUGAUGUAUUAUUAAGUAUUUCCAAGCAACUAACAUCUUUGCAGAAUGCCGACAGCAUGAGAAAAGAUUUGCAUAUAAACUAUAAAAUGGUUAAACACAAAAAGAAUGCCCUAAUACCUGUGAAUAUGUUGUCACUGGAUGAUAAUUUUCCUCACCAAAGUUGCUUUACCAGUAAUAAGUUUGAAACACAGUAUGUAUCUGAUACUCAGCUUAUUAAUAUUGUUGAAAAUGCAGAGAAAAUGGUAAUACCUAAAGGAGUUACACAGGAAUUUGAGAAUUCAUUUUGUGAACAGCUUGUAGAAAGGGAAGGGGCUAGUAAACACUUGGUUGAUUCUUUAUGUUAUAAUGAUAGGUAUGAUAAAGAAGUUGAACCAGUUGAAGAUUUAACUUUACCAACUCAUUCUAUAAUACCAAGUACCAGUAAAGGCCAUAAUAAUAAUAAAGUCGAAAACUAUUCAACAAAUGUAUUUGAUGCUCAGAAAGAUAAGAAUGAGAAUGAAGAAAGAGAUAUUGAAGCUCAGAAUGUAAACAAAAUAGAAGAGAGUGUCAAAAUAAGUUCUGAAGAAAUACAGGAUUUUGAGAAUUCAUUUUGUGGACAGCAUGUAGGAAAAGAAGAGAAUAGUAAAAUUUUUGCAAAUUCGUUAUGUCAUGAUAGGUAUGAUGAAGAUAUUCGUUCAAUAAUACCUAAGGAACUAAGUACUGGUAAAGACCAUAGUAUCAACGAAGGAAAUGAAGCGCUAAACUAUCCAAAUAUAUUUGGUACUCAAGAAGAAACAAAUAUUGAAGUUCAGAAUGUAGACAGAACACAAGAGAUUGUGAAAUCAAGUUCUGUAGUAGUACAGGAUUUUGAAAAUUCAGUUUGUGAACAAAACGUAGAAAGAGCAAAGAAUAAUAAAAUCUUAGCAGACUCGUCAUGUUAUAAUGAUAGGAAUGAAGAAGAUAUUGAGUUAGUUAAAGAUUUAAAUAUACCAAUUUAUCCAAUAAUUUCAGAUGUAUCAUGUACCAGUAAAGACUAUUACAACAAUGAAGAAAAUCAAGCAAUAUACUAUUCGACAAAUUUAUUCAAUAAUCAGAAAGAAACGAAUAUUGAAGUUCAGAAUGUAAAUGAAACACAAGAGAAUAUCAAAAAUAGUGCUGGUCUUCACAGCAGUAAUGCACCAUUAAUUUUCACACUGGACGCUUUUGAAAAUUUUGCAGCAUUGGCCUUUCCAGUCAUUGAAAAGAAUUCAAACCUCGAAGCAGCAAAAUAUGUCAUUAAUUCUCAGAUUAUUGACAGAGAGUUAUUUUUAGGACGUAAUAUAAAUAAAUUCACCCUUCAAAAAGAAGAUAGGGCAGUCAGUCCAGUUCUCAGUAUUAAGAAGAAUUCAACAUCAACUUUAGCAAAAGUCAAUAAUGUGAAAAAAAAAUUAUUGAAAGAUCCUGACAAAAGCAUUGUAUUAAAGCAUAGUAUAUCAUUAUCAAAUGAAAAAAAAGUUAAAAGUAAUGAAGAUGAGAUAUUAUUCAGUAGUGAUGAAGAAAAAGAUCUUCAGAAGUUACCAUUAACAUGUGCUUUACAAACAUCUUUUAACAACCAACCUGAUAUUUUGGAUAAGACCAUGUACGUUGGCUUUCAAACAGCUAGUAAUAAGUCAAUUCAAAUAAACUCAAACUCAUUUUCUAAGGCCAAAAAUAUUUUUGAAGAUGUAGGUAUUAUUAAUCACAAGUUUACUUUGACAGAAAUAGUAACAACGUGUGAUGUUUGUGAUAUCUAUAAUGUAUCUCAGCUUAACAAAGGUCAUAAUAAUAAUGUUAAAAAUGAAGCUAAAAGUGCAUUGAAAGAUAUAACGAACAUUGAUGGUUAUGAAGUUAAUAAUAAACCUAAAUCAUCAAUUUCAGGCACAAGUACUAUUACGAAAGCACCUAAAUCGUCUCCUGAUUUACAGACAAGCAACAAAAAAUGUGAAAUAAAUUUUGAACAUGUUCACCUGGAAAAUGAAAUGCAAUUUGAUAUUGAGACCACUGAUCCCAUUCCUAAAUAUUCCAAAAUUGAAACGGCAUUAGGGAAAAACUUGAUUAAAAACAGGGAUUUGCUAGAAUUUCAUACAGCAAGUAAUAAGAAAAUUAAUCUUACAGACAAGGCUUUAGCUAGAUGUCGUCAAGUAUUCGCAGAUUUUGAUUUGGAUGAAAAAUAUGACCAAACGGAAUCUGAAAAUACUCGGUGUUGUACACAACUUAAUAUUCUACCUCCUUCUACAAAUCAAGACAUUGGUAAUUUUAAAGAAAAUGAGGUAAGAAAACAAUCUGAAUCAACAGAAAUAGUUGAUCAGAGUAUUACAAAAGAAUUUGAAAAUGAUUUACUAUCUAAUACAAAGCCAGAAAAUGCUUCAAGCUCUAUGGAAUUUAAAAACAAAAUUCUUUCCAGAUGCUUAUUAGAAACUGAAGAAAAUAAAAAUUAUGUAGAUACUGCUCUAAACAAGGAAACUUACACAAAUGUUUCUGAUACAGCUUUGCAACAAGGGGUGGAUGAAAAAACUUGCUCACAAAAUCACACUGAGAGUUCCACAAAAGUGACUUUUGUUGGUUUUAAAACUGCUAGUAAUAAACUAAUCAAUAUAUCAGAAAAAGCUUUGACAAAAACCAAAAAUAUAUUCGAUGACUUAGACUUUCGAGAGGUAAAAAAAGUUAAAAUAUCAUCAGAAGAAUUGAAGAGAAUUGCUGUUACAGAUUUUAGCUGUGAGGUAGGUAAAACGUUAUUCAAAGAAUUCAAAACUGCAAGCAAUAAGCCUAUCAAAGUUUCUAAUGAAGCUUUAAUUAAAACCCGAAAUAUUUUUCAAGAUAUUGAUAUAAGUAGUGAAAUUAACGAAAACAGUCAUAAUAAUUCCGCAACUUAUAAGUUAUAUAAGAUUUGCAGUAAUUUAACGAACGUCACAAAAAAAGAAACAAAUUUUGAAAAAGAAAAUUUUCAAAAUGAACCUGAUAUUAUUGGAGGCUUUAAGAUAGCAAGCAAUAAAAAGAUGAAUAUUUCAAAUGAAGAUUUGACCAAAAGUAAAAUGCUAUUUCAAGAUAUGAAAAGGAUUUAUGACCACGAUGGACAAAAUUAUGCCCUUCAUAGUACGAAUAACAAAAAACAAAAAAUAGUUUUUAGUGCCACAGAUAGUUAUGAUAAGAAUAUCAAAUUUGAAAGUCUAUUUUCCAACAACCAAAAUUGCCAGAAAUUACCGGACAAAACGCUUGAAGGUUUUAAGACUGCAAGUAAUAAACAGGUAUCAAUCUCAGAUGCAGCUUUGGCUAAAAGUAUGAAGCUGUUUCAAGACAUAGAAAUAAAUGAUAAAUACAAUGAACACAAAGUUAUUUCUGAAUUGGAAACUGUCCACAACAAGCACGAUUUUAAUGAAAAUAGUCAAUUUACUAAAAAUAUUCAAAUGUCUGAUCAAACUUUCAAGGGUUUCAAAACAGCAAGUAACAAACAGGUCAACAUUUCAAACGAAGCUUUGGCUAAAAGUAAGAAAUUGUUUCAAGACAUAGAAAUAAAUGAUAAAUACAAUGAACACAAAGUUAUUUCUGAAUUGGAAACUGUCCACAACAAGCACGAUUUUAAUGAAAAUAGUCAAUUUACUAAAAAUAUUCAAAAGUCUGACCAAAUGUUUAAGGGUUUCCGGACAGCAAGUAACAAACAGGUCAACAUUUCAAAUGAAGCUUUGGCUAAGUGCAAGAAAUUAUUUCAAGAUUUGGACCUAAAUCAUCAGCAAAAUGUACCAAACGAGCUUACCACCCUUACUUCAUAUGACAAACCUAUAAAUGAUGGCAUUGAAUUUAGGACUGCAAACAUCAAUAAUAUCAAUAUUUCCCUAGAAUCUGUAACGAAACCUAAAAAAAGUAAAAUGGACUUUAAACAAAAUAAUGAAUUUUUAAAUGUUGAAAAAAAUAAUAUAAACGAAACAUCUUUGAACACUAAGGAAAAUAUUAAUUUAGAUCUUAUAAUUGACACGCAAGUAUUAAAUAAUUUUGAGGAAACAUUGAACACUGAAGAUUUUUCUAAAGAAACAAAACACAAUAAAUCUAAGCGCUCUGGUAGCCCUAUCCUUUUAUGUCCUCGUGCUAAGAAGCGCGGUAGGUUUGCAAUUCCUUUUAAAACUGAGCAUAAAAUAACAGAGAAAGUAACUAUUAACGUUACCUCAGAGUCAAGUACAAACAUAUUAUUUGUUUUUAAUGAAAGUUAUAAGAAAACCAAGAAAUAUACUCUGAAAACUUUAAGAUCUACAGAGACUCUAAAUAGCGGCCAAAAUGAAAUUGAUCAGUAUAUCUUAAACUUUAAUUUCGAUAAUGUUGUAGACUUUACAUUUUCCGAUAAAAGAAAUGAAUUGACUGACGAUAGAUGGAGCAUAGAGGAUUUGAAAAAAAUUUUCUUAUCUUUAGUCAACAGGAAGAUAAUUCCAGAUGGUUGGUUGGACAAUCACUUGAAGCUGAUUAUUUUGAAAUUGAUUUCUUAUGAAAUUGAGUUUCGAAAUACUAUGCAAGGAAUCUGCUCAGUAAACAAUGUUUUACAACAACUAAAAUACCGUUACGAUAGGGAAUUAUACAACAUAGAAAGACCUGCUCUCAGGAAAUUACUUGAAAGGGACGAUGUAUCAACACGAACUAUGAUUCUACGUGUUUUAGCAGUAUACGUAGAUGGCGUUGCUGUGACCAGUAUGACCAACGGAAAUAACAUAGAAUUGCUAUUAACGGAUGGUUGGUACUGCAUCGAAGCGUGUUUAGAUCAGAUGUUAGUGAAACUUGUACGUGAUCAUAAAAUACGUGUUGGAACUAAGUUGGCAACUCAUGGCGCCGAAUUAUUGAAUUGCGAACAAGGAAUAGCACCUUGGGAGGAUACGUCAUCAGUACGUUUAAAAAUGUUUGGCAAUUCUACACGACGUGCUCGUUGGGACGCACGUCUUGGUUAUCACGGUGCGGGCGCCAUCUUGGCCCCACUGUCAUGUGUCGAGCUGGAAGGCGGGAAAGUGUCUAAGUUGCGCGCACUAGUGACACGAGUGUAUCCUACGCUUUAUGUGGAAAAAUUUGAAGAUGGAAGUACAGUGACUCGUUCUGAACGCCUGGAACAACUCCAUCAAAUGAAAUAUGAGUCAGAAAGACAAGCACUGCUGGAGAAGAUUUACGAGGAAGUGGGGAAAGAGUUUGCAGAUGAGGAAUCUCAGGAUUCUGAAUGCGAUACCGAAGUCAGGACAAGUCUUAACAGCGGCUCGCAAAUUAACAGAUUUAUGAAACAAUGCAAAGAUCCCGGAGAGUUUAGGGCUCACCUGACAAGCUCCCAGUGUGCUCUGCUGCAAGAUUACACGAAUAAACGUAGAGAGAAAUUGCUCCAAUCCGUACAGACCAAAGUUGAAGAAAGGUUAAAAGCAAAAGGUUUACACGUAGGCAGGAAUGUGGUACCAGUUCUGAAGAUUAGAAUCGCCGACGUUGGUAGAAAUGGUGAAAUUUCUAAAGCUAUGAUGUCAGUUUGGAGGCCAAAUGAUGCAAUACUGGAUAUUAUACAAGAAGGAUCAUGGAUCAAUGUAUACAAUAUUGUUCCAACAGCUAUGAGGUAUUCCGAAAUACAAUUGUCUGCUGGAAGGCAGACAAUUUUCAGUAGAACAACCCUCAAGGAAAAUGAUAUAAUAAAACCUAUUAUUACAAAUCUUAAGAGAACCUGCUACAGUACUAAAGAUUUAGCUAUGAAUCCAAUGAUUACUACAGACUAUAACGAAGUCGACACUGUAGGGCUUAUAUUUUUAAUUGAUCCCUCAAAUAAACAGUUUGAGUCAGUAAAAGGACAAUUUCAAAAUGUAUAUUUGACGGAUGGAGAGAAAAACCUAAUUUGUAUAAAUUUCUGGGGAGGUUUAAAAAAGUUUGGUUAUGAGAAUGUUCUUGACACAGGUCAGGUAGUGGCAUGCAUGAAUUUGCAGAAGAGGUUUGGAAACACUAAAAAAAGCAUACCCCAGUUUCGCGCCACAGAAUUUUCUUAUUUUACAAAAACAUCAAAAGUUGCGAAUGUGCGUAAAAUGACAGAGGAAUUAAGUAGAGCGUUAUCUUGUGUAAAUAUAAAAAACUUUUGUCAAGAGUGUAUAGCAAAGAAAAACAGUUGUUCAAUAAUAAGGAAUAACUGCGAAAAAAUAUCACCGUAUAGAAUAAAUUAUAGUGACUAUAAUGUAUCAAAACAUAAAAUGUUUAUAGAUUCACCACUGACACGAAAAUUAAACCCCAUUGAGGAUAUUUUAGACCUUAACGGACUAGACUUUGAGUCCACUUUCAAACAAAUUGAUACACAAGAUAUAAGUCCUAGUGUCUUAUCUAGAAAAAAGAAAGUGGAGGAAAAAAUUGCAAAAUUAAAAAUGUAUGGAGAGCCCCCACCAUUGAAUCCCAUACAUAUUAUUAACAAAUCUAAAAACGCAACUAGUGCUUUUAAAAGUCCUCUAUCUUCAAAGAAUGACAAUUCUAAUAGUGUUGCUAACGAAAAAUUCAAAGACAAUACAAAUUUUACCAUUAAGAAUAUAGAAUCAAGCCCUGUGAUAUAUGAUGUUAAGAACUGUGUAAAAAGAAAAAGUUUUAAUCCCAUUAAGUUAAACUUUUCUAGCGAUGUUCCUGUAAUAGAAAAUAAUGGAAGCCAAGUCGUUGAUCCCUUUGCAGAAGAGUUCGAUGAUAGUCCGCCUUUAAGCUUAGACUAG